AUGGGGGGCGUCCACGGAGGGCCGGGGCAGCUCACGAGAAAGCCGCCCGCGGGAAAUGGGCCACAGGCGCAUCCGAAGGAACCGCCGGCAGUGGUGCUGGUGAACCUGCCGCCGCUGGAGGGAGCGCGGGCCGAGGGGGAGCUAGAGGAGCGGGACGCGGGCCCCGGGCUCCCGCUGACGGGACGGGUUGCUUGGCUGCCGAGGGGCGCCGACGGGGUCGCGCGGGCGGCCGCGCGGGCCGCCUCGGAUGGCCUGCCAGAGGAGCCGGAGGGGCCCGCAGGCGCGGCGGCGGAGGCCGUGCCGGCGGCGCCAGUGCCUGGAGACGCAGGCCUCUCGACGAGCACCACCCUUGGCAAGUACGACUGCUCGGAGCAGUCGGAAGACCGAUCCACGUGGUCCGCGCUGAAGAUCGUCUGGUGCUGCCAGUACGAGGAGGUGGCCUGCGACCUAGCGGACAAGGCGCCAGGUGCCGCCGAGUCCGUGGACAUGGGCAGCUGCGCGCAGUACGGCUGUGUCGAGUACGACCAGGGGCACGACUGCCAGUGCAAUCUGGGCUGCCUGGAGCACAGCAAUUGUUGCGUCGACUUCGCGCAGUCCUGCGCUUCCAUGCAGUCAUGGCCAGAGGCGCCUGGCGCAGACGCUGCUCGAUCUGUGCCGCUGCCCGAGCCGAUGGUCGACGCCAGUGCUGCAGCCCUGUCGCAGGAGACACGACUUCGUACACUGCACCAAGGACGUGUUGAGUCGACGACGCCUCCGCCCCCGACGGUGUCAGUGACGUCGCCAGCCCCGUCCACCACGGCUGUUGAGCUUCUGACCACGUACGGCGCGGCAGGACCACCUCGCCAGGGGCGGACGCCCUGGAAGCCACGACGAGCCCCCUUGCGGCAGACAAUGCAAGGACCUCCGCGGGGGACGCGGUGGCGGCGACCACGACGGCCCCCGCGCCGACCCCGACGGCCGCGCCGGCGCCCUCGGAGGCGGCGCCCUCGGAGGCAGUGUCGCGGAAAGGCAAGCGCGGCAAGGCGCUGCCUGCGGACGCCGAGGAGGUGGCCAGCACCACCGACAG